AUCUGAAAUCCGCAGUGGUCUCCUUUGGCUUGGGUGUGUUGUUAAUUGCUUGUCUUGCUUUGCGUUGCAUCAUUCUCUUCUUCAACCUCUCUCUCUCACUCACUCACUAGUCACUCCCUCCCAAUGACCAACUCCAUGGGUCCCCCUCCCCCCAAAAACCCUAAUCCACCCUCUUCUCUCCCAGACUCCGCCCCACCGUCACUGCCUCCAGACUCUGCACCACCGUCAAUGCCUCCUCCUCCGCCGCCUCGCGAUUCGCCAAACCCUUCCUCUCAGGGCGUGGCGGUUCCCUACAAGAUUCCUCCGUGGAGCGCCGCUCCCUGCCACGAGUUCUACCUGGAGGUUCUGAAGGACGGUUCCAUCAUCGACAAAUUCGACGUCUGGGAGAAAGGUGCUUACAUGUUUGGGCGAUUGGAUCUCUGCGACUUCGUGCUCGAGCACCCCACUAUUUCUAGGUUUCACGCUGUUAUACAGUUUAAGAGAAGAGGAGAUGCAUAUCUCUACGAUCUUGGUAGUACCCAUGGAACCUUUUUGAACAAAAAUCAGGUGGAGAAAAACACAUAUGUUGACUUGCAUGUUGGUGAUGUCAUUCGAUUUGGCCGGUCAUCUCGCUUGUUCAUUUUUCAAGGACCAUCUGACUUGAUGCCUCCUGAAACUAAUGUAAAACUCAUGAGAGAAGUGAAGAUGCGUGAAGCAAUGCUAGAUAGGGAAGCUUCAGUCCGAAGAGCAAGGCAGGAAACAUCUAUUGCUGAGGGUAUAUCAUGGGGCAUGGGUGAGGAUGCUAUUGAAGAAGAUGAGGAUGAUGCUGAAGAAGUGACAUGGCAGUCAUUCAAAGGACAACUUACAGAAAAACAGGAAAAAACCCGUGAGAAAAUAUUAAAAAGGAUGGAAAGGAUUGCUAACAUGAAGAAAGAGAUAAAUGCCAUACGAGUUAAAGACGCAUCUCAGGGUGGAUUAACUCAAGGUCAACAAACCCAGAUUGCUAGGAAUGAGCAGAGAAUGGCUCAGUUAUCGGAAGAACUAGAAAACUUGGAAGAGACACUGAAUGAUAGUAUUCGAGAGAGUAUUGGUGCACGCACAGGAAAGAUGUCUCAUGGGAAGAAGAAAGGUGCAGUUGAAGAUGAAGAAGAAUAUUUAAGUGAUGAUGAUGAUGAAUUUUAUGACCGUACAAAGAGAAAGACUGCACAUCAGAAACCUGGUGACAACCAAUCAGUUGAGACUGCAGAUAGUCUUCUUGAUAAGAGAGAUGUCAUCACCAAGGAAAUGAAUGAGAAGAAAGAGUUGCUUAUGAUUGAAAAGAACAAAAUUUUGUCAGAGGGGGCCACACAAGAUGAAGUUGAUGACUCACUUGAUGCAUACAUGUCUGGGCUUUCAUCUCAACUAGUGUUGGAUAAAAGUGCGCAACUUGAAAAGGAAUUGUCUACUCUUCAGUCUGAGCUGGAUAGGAUAUGCUACCUGUUGAAGAUUGCUGACCCGACAGGAGAAGCUGCCAGGAAAAGGGAGUUGAAAGUACAAGAACCGAAACCAAUAAACUCUGAAGAAGUUACCUCUACCAUCAAGAAGAAACCACCUGCAGAAGCACAGAAAAGCAGGGAGCCUUGCGCAAAGGUGGAUAACAUAGAAGCACAGAAAAGCAGCGAGCCUUGUGCAAAGGCAGAUAACAAGAAACCACCUGUGGAAACCCAGAAAAUCAGCAAGACUUCUGUCGAGGAAGAUGGCUCUGUAGAAGGAGAAAAAGCUGCAACUUUGGGUGUUGACAAGUUGGAACCUUGCUCUGACAGAUUGGAGGCUGAAAAUGUUGUAUUUGCUGUACCAAAGCCCCAAUGGCUCGGAGCUGUAGAGGAUAGGGUAACAGAUGAUACCCAACAGUUGAUGCCCUCUCUGCAUCAGCAUGAGAUGGAGGAGUCCAAUCUGUUUGUUGACUAUAAGGACAGGAGCAAAAUGUUGGGCAGUGGUGAUAAUUCAAAGACUUCAGUGGAAUCUAGAAUUGAGUCUGCUGCUCCUGGUCUAAUUUUAAGGAAACGGAAGCAAGUUGAGACAACUGCAACAAAUAGUAAUGAUGACUCUCAACAAUUGACAUCUUCCACUUCAGGAGAAAAAAUGGCUGAGGAUGCCGUUGCACUAUUAUUAAAGCACAAUAGGGGACUGUAUGCUGAUGAUGAUGAGGAAGGAUAUGAAGGUCAAGAGAGGAGGAGGCCUAAAAGAGUGCUUGGGCCUGAGAAACCGUCCUUUUUGAAUAAUGAGAUGGAUUAUGACUCAUGGGUUCCUCCUGAAGGACAAUCAGGUGAUGGACGCACAUCCUUGAAUGAUAGAUACGGCUACUAAGUUUGGCUGAUGUGCACAGCACUGUUCAUUACAAGAAAGAGGUUUAGGCUGUACGUUCACCUAAAUAUUGAUGAGGGAUCAGGCUUACCCUGCUCGGCAUUAAUGAAUUUGAACGUAGAGCUGGUUGUAUGACUUUCAGUGAGUUGGAUCCUUUGUUAAAUAGAAGUAAAAGGAUGAUAAAGUUUAUUGGUGAAAGGACUUAUGUAUAACAGACAAGGAGGGGUGAAAGCACCAUGUGAAAUAUGCGACUGACAGGCAAUGACUGAUACCCUAAUCAACUGCUUGCUGCAUGUACAGCCGAGUAGCGAGUACUUCUGUUUGUGAGAAGUUGGAAAUGAGGCAGGCCACGCCAUUCCUAACAAAGACCAAUGUACAUCAUGUAUGCAUGCUUGCUACUGUCCUUUGGAAAGUAAGGACUGCCUCGAUGCCAUUAUAAAUGUAUUCCUUAAAAUAUGUCGGUGCUUUUGAGGAGUGAUUUGCAUGCACCCUACAAAAUCAAUUAUUUUCCUUUUCUUGUCCUCUCUAAACAUGGUAAAUAUGACGAAUGAUAUGGAGAAGAAAUACUACUGGUUAUAAGCAUGAGAACAUUAAGUGGUAACAGACUUUACA